AAGUGGAUUCCGUGCGUCGAAACGGUAGUGCUAAGAAGACAAUGACUAAGUCCUUUAUAUCUCUCCUUGGCCCCAUUGCGUAAAAUAAUCCACUAAAAAGUGUCAAAAAUCUUCGGACACGCCAAGAAUCCGUUCAAUCUCGCUUCUGCUUCGAGUCGCUUGGUUGUACGUGGAAACUUCGAGACCUGCUUAGGUUAGCCUAACCUAGUUUAGCCGCUAACAAAGACAAUAAACAACGCGCUGGGAUCAACAUAUAGCCGAGCAAGCAAAGAUCAAGUCCCGAAAAUGUCAGAUGUCAGUCAAGAGCAACGCCAGGAGUUUGCUCGCAUCAAAGAAGAAGAGGAGGAAGAAGAGUUUUCACACAUCAAGAAGGAGGAGGAUGACGAAUUCGUCAACAUUAAAGAGGAGCAACAGGACUAUUUGAUUAAAGUUGAGAACCCCCACGUUGAGGAGCAGCAGCAACCUUAUUCCCUUAAAAAGGAGGACGUUAAAGAGGAGGCCUCCAAGCUGACAGGUUUCAGCAAAUAUCUUGAUCCUGAGCGGCAGGAGCCAGAAUCUCCUGAUUUUGAAGAGGAUGUUGAGCCCCCCCACAUCAAAGAGGAGGAGCCAGAGCCAUGUCAACAGGAGGAUGGUUUCAACAGGUGGACUGAUGUCAGUCAAGAGCAACGCCAGGAGUUUGCUCGCAUCAAAGAAGAAGAGGAUGAGGAAGAGUUGUCACACAUCAAGAAGGAAGCGGACGAUGACUUCGUCCACAGUAAAGAGGAGCGAGAGGAGUAUUUGAUUAAAGUUGUGAACCCCCACAUUGAGGAGCAGCAGCAACCUUAUGCCCUUAAAAAGGAGGAUGUUAAAGAGGAGGUCUCCAAGUGGACUGGUGAACCCACGAAGGUUAAAGAUGGAGGUCCGAGUGAAGCCAGCAGAGGGGUGCAGUCUCCCAGUGGCAGCAGCACCAGCAGUUGUUCAAAAGAAGGAUACCAAGCAGACGACCUCAUCGCUCAACCAUCAGAGAGUGAUGACGUCACAUCACACACGCUGUUCUGUUUCAGCAAAUAUCUUGAUCCUGAGCGGCAGGAGCCAGAAUCUCCUGGCGUUGAAGAGGAUGUUGAGCCCCCCCACAUCGAAGAGGAGGAGCCAGAGCCCUGUCCACAGGAGGAUGAUUUCAACAGGUGGACUGGUUUCAGCAAAUAUCUUGGUCCUGAGCGGCAGGAGCUGGAGUCUCCUGGCGUUGAAGAGGAUGUUGAGCCCCACCAAAUCAAAGAGGAGAAUCCAGAGCCAUGUCAACAGGAGGAUGGUAUCAACAGGUGGACUGUUGAGCCCUUGAAGAAUGAAGAUCUGAGCGAGAACAGCAGCUCAACAGAAGCAGACAUUGUCAUCGCUCCACCUGAUAGAAAUAGCGUCACGUCACACUCGUCUUACAACGAUGACGGUCAUAAGAAAUCCCACCGUGACGACAAACCCUACAAAUGCUCUCACUGCGGGAAAACCUUUGCUAGGAGCUAUAAUUGUCGUAUACAUAUGAGGUGCCACACUGGAGAAAAACCAUUUGUCUGCUCGAUUUGUGGUCAAGGUUUCACUCAAAACAAAAACUUACAAAACCACAUAAAAACACACACUGGUGAAAAACAUUUUGCCUGCUCAAUUUGUGGUCGAGGUUAUGUUGAUAAGCAUAACUUAAAAAGGCACGUAAAAAUACACACCGGAGAAAAACCUUAUGCCUGCUCAAUUUGUGGUCGAGGUUUCGCUGAAAAGCGAAACUUACAAAACCACUUAAAAACCCACACCGGAGAAAAACAUUUUGCCUGCUCAAUUUGUGGUCGAGGUUUCGUUCAUCAGCGAAACAUAAAAAAGCACAUGAAAACCCACACCGUAGAAAAACCUUUUCAAUGCUCAGUUUGUGGCCAAACAUUCAGUCACGAGAGCGCCUUCAUCAAACACACAAGAACCCACACCGUAGAAAAACCUUUUCAAUGCUCAGUUUGUGGCCAAACAUUCAGUCACGAGAGCGCCUUAAUCAAACACACAAGAACCCACACUGGCGAAAAACGUUUUAUGUGCGCAUUUUGUGGCAAAACUUUCGACUUCAAGAGCCACUAUAUAUCACACUCAAGGACCCACACUGGUGAAAAACCUUUUGUUUGCUCAGUUUGUGGUCAAAGAUUUAGUAAAAAAAGCGACUUAAAAACACACACAAGAACCCACACUGGUGAAAAACCUUUUGCCUGCUCAAUUUGUGGUCGAGGUUUCACUGUAAAGCGAGGCUUGCAAUAUCACAUAAGAACCCACACCGGAGAAAAACCUUUUGCCUGCUCAGUUUGUGGUCUAGCUUACACUACAAAGCAACGCUUGCAACACCACAUAAGAACCCACACUGGAGAAAAACCUUCUGCCUGCUCAGUUUGUGGUCUAGCUCACACUACAAAGCAACGCUUACAACACCACAAAAGAACCCACACUGGAGAAAAACCUUCUGCCUGCUCAGGUGCGGCCAAAGAUUGAGUCACAAGUGCGCCUUAAACCUUAAGAUCCCGAGCAUAUUUUUUAUGUGUGUGAAAUUAGGGGUUGAUUUUUCUAUGAGUAGUUACAAACUAAAUUAACAGUUCAAACAUGCCAUAUUGUUGAUAUUUUUAUUCCUGAAUCACCAAAAGAUGAUGCCAUGAACUUUUUUCCAAAAUAUAUUUUUGAACGUGUCAUAACCAGUGCAAAGACUUCACUAUCAUUUGACGGGGAGCGGGGCCGAUCCGUAGGGGGCCUGUGUUCAAACACUCAAAAUUCAAAUAUUUUCAAAACCAAAGCCGCGAGCAACCUGUCAUGUCAUGUCAUUUCCUGUUUUAUUUUGAAAGCUUCACCCUCCUUGUGUCUGCGUACUUGCCCUUCCUCUGGUCACCUAAUCACCUAUUGUUUCCACCUGUUCCCCAUUACCCCCUGUAUAUAUAUUGCCUUAGUUUCCCUUGUCUAGUGCAGAAGUGUCUUUCUACCAAGGUCAGUCACGUCAGCCUCUCGCCAUAGCCUGUCAUAGUGAUACUGAAUAUUAUCCUCCACUUGGAGCGCUUUGUGUUUGAGCCUUUUUUGAUCUUAGCCAUCUUGACUUUUUCAUCCAUUAGGAGUGUUUUUUAGUUUUUGCCUUUCCUCCCUUUUGGAGUGCGUUUUUGUUUGAACUGUGGUUGCCCUGACUUAUUCCUCCAUUGGAGAGCUUUUUGUUUGUAUUUUUUCUCAUCCCCGCAUGUCAGCGGAAGAAC